UUUGAAACCUAUCAACAUUUUAACUUAAUGGCAAUUCACCGUUUUGUAUUGUUAGUUAGUUUGAGUCUGGUGUUGUUUGGUCUACAAACGGCCGUGUCACAGCGACAACAACAGUCACAAGUCCCAUGUUUAUACAUCUUUGGUGACUCCUUGGUCGAUAACGGAAACAAUAACAGGCUGCUUUCUCUUGCGAGGGCUAAUUACCGGCCUUAUGGCAUCGACUUUCCCCAGGGUGCAACCGGAAGAUUCACCAAUGGUCGCACCUACGUUGAUGCUCUUGCUCAAAUUCUUGGAUUUCGGACUUACAUUCCACCAUACUCCAGGAUUCGUGGCCAGGCUUUGCUAAGAGGUGCGAAUUUCGCAUCGGGUGCGGCCGGCAUUAGAGAUGAGACCGGUGACAACUUGGGUGCGCAUACUUCUAUGAACCAGCAGGUCAAUUCUUACACAAACGCGGUUCAACAAAUGCUUCAAUACUUCAGAGGAGACACAAAUGAGCUCCAAAGAUACUUAAGCCGUUGCAUUUUCUAUUCGGGAAUGGGUAGUAACGAUUACCUCAACAAUUACUUCAUGCCUGACUUUUACUCAACCAGUACCGAUUUCAAUGACAAAACCUAUGCCGAGUCCCUCAUAAAAAACUACACACAACAGCUCACUCGGUUGUACCAAUUUGGAGCCCGGAAAGUGAUCGUGACCGCAGUGGGACAAAUCGGGUGCAUACCUUAUGAGCUAGCCCGCUAUAAUAACCGCAACAACAGCACAGGCAGGUGCAAUGACAAGAUUAACAAUGCAAUUGCGUUGUUCAACUCUCAGCUCAAGAAACUAGUUGAUCGUUUCAACAAUGGUCAAUUGCAAGGAGCCAAGUUUGUUUACCUUGAUACCUACAAGAGCACUUCAGAUCUUGCUGCCAAUGGAGCCGCUUACGGAUUUCAGGUGGUGGACAAAGGUUGUUGUGGGGUGGGGAGGAACAAUGGUCAGAUAACGUGUUUACCCCUGCAGCAGCCGUGCAGUGACCGGACCAAGUAUCUCUUUUGGGAUGCGUUUCACCCGACAGAGACGGCUAACAUAUUGCUGGCCAAGUCUAAUUUCAACUCUCGAGCUUACGCUUACCCCAUUAACAUUCAAGAACUAGCCAAUCUUUGAAUAAAGGAGAUCUUGAUAUGAGCUUGCUUGUAUGCUGUGUUUCUUCACUUAUAUAUUUCUUUGAAAUAACUAUGAAUUUUCUUUGUUUUGUAUUGUUCCUCUUAUUUUCAGCUAUAUGUAUGUCUCAAGCUAAUUGCAAAUUGUUAGCCACAUGAUGUAUCAAAGUUGUCAUAUUAUGUACAUCUACAACUACAGUUCUUUCUU